CGCAACUCUUGCUACGUGGUUGACUUUUCUUUUGUCUGUUUCAUGUUCAUUCAUAUCCCCUAGUCUAUCGUUCGUUUCGAUCCCCUCGUUCCCUAUAUAUCUGCCUCCCCACGUUCCUUUUCCCCGCAAAAAGCAAAGGUUACAUUGGCGUGCCUGUGACGACGGACAAAUAUCAGAGCCCAUCAUCACCGUCUUCGCUAAAGUCUGCUACCUCUCAUGUCAGCGGGCUAGUACGACUUGCUGCUAGAAGUGGCUGGUUCUAAACUGUGAUAGGAUCAUUCCUAAUCGGAACUUUAUCAACAUGGCGCAACCGAAGUGGAAAGUCGGUUCCUUUUUCCAACAAGCUGUCGCUGGCGUCGAAUCGAAAUUGGAUUUGAUUUUGGCCGAUGAGGAGCAACGUCAACAGCUACAGCCAAAGCCAAGUACAGCGACGAAGAAUCAGACUGGUAACCUUUCGCGAAGUUCGUCCAAUGCGCGGAAAAAUGAUCGCCUUCAGGAGCGCCUGGCUCGAGCUGUCGUCAAAUCUAAUACAGCCGGCAAUCCUGCUUCUCAAUCCUCGAGUCGAGUCUCUUCCCCAGUUACUAGCCCAGUCCCGAGUAAUGGCGCGCGGUCGAGUAUGGACAUCGAAUCGAAUUUUGGCCGGAGCAGUCUUCAUCUUGAGGAAAGCUCCCAGAACCUCACUCACACCGACGGUCCUUCUCCAGUAGCAGCCUCUAGAGCAAACCAUGACAGCGAUUCACCACGGAACUCCGAAGAUAUAGUCACGUCGCCCAAGAAACAAGAUGAUACCGACCCACUAGGACCUGAUUCGAAGAUCACGGAACUUACACGAGAGAAUGGCGCCAAAGAACACUCACAGGAAAAUGAAACGGACAAGCCAGACUCAUCGGAGGAAUAUGUGGAAGCAACAGCAGACAUUUCGAGUGAUAUAGUCGAACCUGUCCCUAACGGUACUGACAAAACGGUCGCUCAAUUACAGGCAGAACACAAGACAGCAGAGUCACGUUGGCAAGAGGAGAUGUACGAAUACAUUGAACGGAUUGAUGCAUUGCAAUCGAAGUUGAAGUUCUUGACCAAGGAAGCUGCCGAUUCCGCCAAGAAAGCGGCGGGGUCGGCAGAGCCUGGGAGUAUGGAAAGACAGCUCCGAGAGAAGGAUGAGAAGAUCGCAUUGUUAUUUGAAGAAGGUCAGAAACUGUCGAAAUCCGAGAUGGACCACCGCACGGCAAUCAAGAAGCUUCGACAGCAAUUGGCGGAAAACUCGAAAACUCAGGCUGAUACCCAAAAGAAAACGGACAAGUUAGAAAGAGAUUUGGCCAACGCUGACGCCAGGGCUAAGCGCGCUGAAGCUGCCGAAAAACGAGCAAGUGAAUCACUAGCCUCCCAGUCAAAAGCCUCCCGAGAUCUCGGCAAAGUUACAGCGGAGCGGGAUGCGCUGAGUCAGACCGUCCAGGAGAUGAAAGGUCAACUUGCCAGAGCAGUCGCGCGGGCUGAGGCGGCUGAAGCCAAAGCCCAGUCGGAUGCUCUAGAGCAGGAAAAGCGCCAUGCUGCCAAAUUGGAAGAGGAACUGGCAAGCACCAAGGCCGAUAGGGAAGAAAAUGAAGAGAGAUUGAAGACAGAGAUACGCGAUCUCAAGAAUACCAUCGAACAAGAGAAGGAAAGGGCACGAAUACUGGAGAUUGAAUUGAAGAACGAGCAGUCUGUCUUGGAAAGCAAGAUGGAGUCUCUUCGCUCUAAAGCGGAAGAGGCUUCUUCCGGGGUGGCCGGCGAUACUCAGGCGAAGCUUUUACGUCAGAUCGAGACAUUGCAGACGCAGUAUGCCGUUGCUAGUGAAAAUUGGCAGGCGUUAGAGGGUUCACUACUUGCGCGCUUAGCGAAUGUAGAGAAAGAACGAGACGAAGCUACACGCCGGGAAGGAGACCUGCGACGGAGAGUUCGAGAAGUGAAUCUCAAGGCGAAGAGGGCCGAGGAGGACCUUGAGAACGCCAAAGAUGUUGAGCACGGUCUUGAAAGCAAACUCGAGGAACGUACACAGGAGCUCCAAAAAUUGGAGCAGAAGCUUCAAAAGGCUGCGGACGACUUAGUCGCGGCACAAAAAGAUUUUGCUGAACAAAAGAAGGUAUGCGAUGCAACAUGGGCGCAGAAACUCGAGGAAGAGCGAGUAAAAUGGCGCGAGCAGGCUGUCCCUGCUGCCAUUUUCACCCAACAACGACGCACUGAGUCACCAGUAGCGUACAGUCGCCGCCCGAGCAACUUAGAGCCUGUAGGCUCUCUCACUGACUUACGAUCAAGUCGCCGGCCCUCAACGCUACCAACAGCGUCGCCAGAUGUGGCCACACCAACACGACAGAACUCUUUCCCCGCGUCUACGUCUGGUUUGCUCUCCCCUCCAGUAAACAGCGCGUCUUUCUCGCAGUUUGCAGACAACCGCUCUAUGACUUUCGAGCCAGACGACUUCUCUCGGUCGGGCACGCCAUCUGCUUAUGGUGGGGCGCUGACCCAAAAUUCUCGUGGGAUUAACGACAUUAUCUCGGAAUCUACUGUUGGGGCCGGUCCAUCAGUCCAGCUGGUGGAGCGCAUGAGUGCGACGGUUCGUCGGCUGGAAAGCGAACGAGCUGCCACGAAAGAUGAGCUCACUCGCAUCGUUAGUCAACGCGAUGAAGCCCGACAGCAGGUUGUGGAUCUGAUGCGGGAAUCCGAAGAGAAGAAGACAGCAGAUGCUCGUAUCCAAGAGCUAGAGACACGCUUUUCAGAAAUAAACGAGCGUUAUGAGACUACACUCGAGAUGCUGGGUGAAAAGAGUGAGCAAGUGGAAGAGCUUCAGGCUGACAUUGCUGAAAUGAAGAAAAUCUACCGCGAACUGGUGGAUAGUACCAUGAAAUGAAUCUAUUGAUAUCUCUUGCAAAAUAAUCCG